AUGGUCGUCUUCACCGCCAGACACGUGGGCGAGACGGUGACGGUGGACCUUCCAGACGCGCCGCCGCCGACGUACGCCGACGCGUGUCGCGCGCUGGCGCGUGCGCUCGAUCUGGAUGUCCAAACCGUGCGCGUGCACGGCGCGCGAGAGUGCCGAGGACGCACCGCGAGCGUCGACGACGACGCGAUAGCGCUCCCGAGCGACUGCGCGACGCGUAAGUACAUGGUGAGCGGGACGACGCGUGGGAUCGUGGACGCGAUCAACGGGAUGGCGCGGACGGAUGCGCGGAUUCGAGAUUUCGAGGAGGAGACCGCUCGCGAGCGCUCGAGACGGGGCGAACGAACGUCGAGUGCCGCCGCGUCGACGUCGAAAUAUUUCGGUGAGAUCGAAGUGCUAGACGUUCCGAGUGGGAUGCCGAGUCGCGAACGGGCGAUGGAGGUGCUGAGGCGUUUAGCGAGCGAUCCCGGGAUCACCGGAGUCAUGGACGCGCACGGAUGGUACGGCGGGCGGCGCGUCGGGAAAUUGUGCGAGAUGCCGCCGGAGGGUAAGGUGGGCCUGAGCGAGAUGUGUGUGCUGGGGUACAACGUGAACAACGGACGGGAAAUUCACCUGCGAUUAAGAACUGAUGACUACCUCGGGUUUAGGGACUACGUCACCGUUCGCAAGACGCUCCUGCACGAACUCGCGCACAACGUGCACUCCAAUCACGGUCCGGAGUUUCGGGCUCUGAACUCGCAGCUCAACGCCGAGUGCGAGCGAUUCGAUUGGAAGCGCGCGUCGAGCGCGCGCGUGACGAGCCGCGCCGCCGAGGCGUACCAACCGCGCGACGCGGACGCCCGCGUCGAAGCGCCCGUCGCGCGGUCCCUCGGCGCCGUCGCCGACGUCGCGCGCACGACGGACGAUGUUCGCGCGCGACGUCUCGCGAAAUUCGCCGCGUUCAACGCCGCCGACGCCGCCGACGAAGCGAGCGCAUCGUCUCGAGCGGGCGGCGUCGACGAGGACGCGUAG